GAAAACAUCGACACCAGGGCCAAGCUCCAUCAACCUAACCAUCAAUCUCCGUCCCUCUCCAUCUGAGCAGUGAGCACAUGUAAAACAAUCCCCAUUGCCCAAUCUUAUGUAUUACUGCUGAUUUAUUGUAUUACUUCCAAAACAAGCAAGGAGACAGAGGGAAAAACAGAAAAAAAAAAAAAAAAAAAAGGAAACCCACUUGGGACUUGAGGAAGUGCAGGGAGGUUGAAGAACCCAAUUGCAGGAACUUCAGGAAUGGAAAAGGAGGCGACCCAGAUUGCCAUAAUUGGAGCUGGGAUCUUCGUGAGGACUCAGUACAUUCCCAGGCUCGCUGAGAUCUCCGAGCUCUUUACUCUCAAAGCCAUUUGGAGCCGUUCUGAGGAAUCGGCAAGAGGUGCCGUUGAGAUAGCUCAAAAAUAUUUUCCAGGAGUGGUGUGUAAGUGGGGUGAUAAAGGUCUUGAUGAGAUCAUCCAUGAUGAUUCAAUAAUUGGCGUUGCGGUCGUUUUGGCCGGACAAGCUCAGGUUGAUAUUUCACUGAGGCUGCUAGAGGCAGGGAAGCACGUCCUUCAAGAGAAACCGGCAGCAGCUUCUACUAAUGAACUGGAAACUGCACUCUCAAGCUACAAAUCUAUUUGUGCCAAUCUCCCUAGCCAGCCUAUUUGGGCUGUGGCAGAAAACUAUCGAUUUGAACCUGCUUUUCUUGAGUGCAAGAAACUAAUGGCUGACAUUGGGGAUAUGAUGAGUGUCCAAGUUAUUGUUGAAGGAUCAAUGAGUAGUUCAAACCCAUACUUCUCAAGCACUUGGAGGCGAAACUUUACUGGAGGUUUCAUCCUGGAUAUGGGGGUCCAUUUCAUUGCAGGACUGAGGAUGCUUGUAGACAGUGAGAUAGUCUCAGUGUCUGCUAUGACUUCUCAUGUGGAUGCAACCUUACCCCCACCAGAUAACAUAUCCUCUCUCUUUCAACUGGAGAAUGGAUGUUCCGGAGUUUUUGUGAUGGUUGUCUCUUCAAGAUCUCCCAAGAUAUUCUGGCGAGUUGUUGGCUUUAAGGGAACACUGCAAAUUGAGCGUGGAAAUAUAGAUGGACGACAUGGUUACCUGGUUUCCUUCUAUAAUUCCGACGGGCAAAGCAAAAGCUCCUUUUUCACCUUCAGUGGAGUAAAUGACGAAUUAAAAACUUUUAUACAUGACAUAUCGCUGGCGACGCUUAAGAAGGGGAGCGGCUACGAAGCUGAUCCUCGCCUCUCUUAUCUGGAAGGUGCUAGAGACGUUGCGGUUCUAGAGGCAAUGAUUGAAUCUGGAACAAAACAAGGGGCCCUAGUUAAAGUGAAAAAUUUUUAGCUUUCUGAUGGGAUUUCUUCUUCAGUGACAUGAUCGUUUUGUUGUGACAUUUUCAUAUUAAACAGAUUUAAGUCAAAAUAAAUAGUCCAGGGAUAUGCAUGUGGGAGUAUUCAAGGGAUCUAGGGACCAUUUCAUUCCAUUGUAAUUGAAUUAAAUCAAUAAAAAUUGUGAUGAUAUUUUUGAAC